AUCUGAAACAACAUGAGAAAAUACCUACUAUUCACGAUAAGCAGUGCAUAAAGUGGAGUCGCAUAGUUUUCCGUUAUAUUAUAAACAAUAUUAUUAUUUCUUAGUAGUAAUACCAAGACAGAGUCUCGAGAUAAUUAACUAUUAUAAAGGAGUGAUGUUAUUAACAACUAAUAUAGCAAUUGUAAAUACCUAGCGCAUUGCAGCGGUUAUUUUAUUACGUAAUAAAGUUUCGGUCAAAAAUAAUUCUGAUCAUAUGUUGCACGUAUCUGUCAAAUAUAAACGUCAAUACUCUACAGAAAAUUAAGCGGUUUUCGAUUCUGUAAUCUGUGUUUACUAUUUGCUUGUGUCACAGUUGCUUACGUUACCUUAACCGUGUGUAAUACAUUUUAAUUACAUCGAACUAAAAGCAACAAUGUCAAAUCAAGGUACUUACGCUAAAGCCGCAAUAGCAUCAGCCGGCGUUAUAGGUGGCGCAUACGCAGCUUAUCAGCUGUAUAAAGAGCUACAAAAACCAAAUUUACCCGAAGAAUGGACCCAAGUUGGCACCCUGAAGAACAUUUAUGCCUACCCAAUAAAAUCGUGUGGUCCAAUUGUUUUAAAUAGUGGAGAAUGUAGUCUGCUAGGUUUGAAAAAUGGUUGGUUAAGAGAUAGAGUGUUGAUGGUAGUGGAUGACAAGAGCAACUUCAUAACAGCAAGGGCCUACCCGGAACUUCUAUUAGUUCAGCCAUCGAUCACGAAUUCUAUUCUCACUUUAAACCAUCGUGAUAUGGAACCGGUCUCUGUGAAUUUAGCUGAGGUGAUAGCCUUACAACCCCAGAAGACCGCUACAGUUUGGUCGGUCUCUGUGCCAGUUCAUGACUGUGGCUGGGAAGCUGCCGAGUGGUUUUCAAGGCUAUUAGAUAAAUCAACUACAAACUACAGGCUCGUGUAUUACGCGUCUCAAAAUAGCCGCAAUUUAAGAAGCACUACAAAUAAAAUGUACAAGUUUACGAAAAACGAUACGGGCGCCCUCCCAGAUGAAGUUACCUUUAAUUUAAUAAACGAGGCGUCCGUGGAAGAACUGAAUGGUAGAUUAAAGGACUGCCAAGUGACACAUCGUAAUUUUAGAGCCAACUUCGUGUUAGACGGCGCUAAAGCGUAUCAAGAAGAUCAGUGGAAGUUCGUCAAGAUAGGAUGUAAUAUAUUCGAAAUCAUAAAACCUUGUACGAGAUGUGUUAUGACAACUAUUGACCCAGAAACUGGAGUACGCCAUACAAAGGCAGAGCCAUUGGAAACAUUAAAAAGCUACCGUCAAAUACAAGAUCCGGAAGUGCGCAAGACGGCCGGUAACUCACCGCGUAUGGGAAUACAGAUGGCGCUGCGCUCUGGUGGUGGCGGACUUGUGUCUCUGAACGACCCCAUUUAUGUUGCUUAAUGUCAUUUUAUUUAAUCAUUUUAGAUACUUUUAGAUAUUUAUCAGAAUUGUUCAAAUUAAACACAGUUAAGUAAUUUG